AUGGCCGACUUGAAGAAUCCACACGCUUCUGUCGAGAUUUCAAGCAAAGGCGAAACCGGCAGCCCAUUGCCUACUCUCCGGAUGAUUGUCUCACAUAAGAAGAUAAUUUCACCCGAAGAGUCUGAAGUGACCAUGAAAGGCAACAGCUCAUUCAUCUGUCUAUUGCCUUCCGUCGAUACUUCGGUAGCUGCUUACAAAGCUCAACUUCGAUCUUCUGAAGGGUUCCAGAUCCAAGUCAAGCACUCCAACAUGAUCGUUCCCGAAAGCUCACCAGAAAUGACCCAAUUGAUUCGCUAUGCUUUACCAGCUAGCACUUCUCUUGUUACCCCCGCUUCAAUCAAAAGCAAGUUAUCUCUUGAGAUUCGACCAAAGCAAGUCUCCAAUGUACUUGUCACAAAGCCUCGAGAAGUCAAGGAUCAAGUCGAGACAAGGGUCGAAGAGAGUGAAAAUUGCAAUGACGCCCAGGGCCCAGUUCGGAGUACGUCAUGGGUCGAACAGUGUGUGCUUAGGUGGGGUCUUAAUUGGAAGACGGUACUCUUAUGUUGGCUGAUCUAUUUGGUGUCGUCGAUGAGCAUACAAGUGGAACAAAUUGGUACACGGCUUAAGCGGAUGGAAAACCAGCGGACCGCUGAAGAGGUUCCAAUCGAGCUACGGAAGACGCUGCUAGAGCAGAUGGACCCGGAGUUGAUAUUCAGCAACUCGGGUCUCGUUUAUCCGGUGGAAGAGGAUGAAGAAGUCUCCGACCGGUCGAAUAAGCCUGCUCGGCCGCAAUUCAUGGACCUCAGGCUCAAGAAGGCCUUGCUGAGGUCUUUUCUUACUCCACAAACCUGUGCCCGUCAAGAUCCCAUCUUCACCACCGAUCCACCAUCAUCCACCGGGGCCGCCGGACCAGCAGACCCAAAUAAACACCCUGCCGAACCCCCGCCACCGCGCUCACAGCCCACCCAACAACACCAGCACUCACACGCUUCGACUGAAAUAAUCAAAGACUUCUUGGGCUUCUUUGAUCGACUCUUCUACCUCUCCAUCUCUCAACCACUCUCUAAAUUGGCGGACUCGAUCGGCUCGUUUCGUCAAAAGUUAAAUUUUAAACAACCCUCCCCUCCUAAGGCUGAAUUCUGA